AUGUCCCCAGUUGUCCACCCAUAUAAAUCCCUUGAACCUUCCAAUUAUGCCCUUUAUGGACACAUUGUCGAGAAGCUCGCCCAACUCAUUCUCGACUCACUCCACAUCGUCAAUCCCAGGUCUUCCCAGCUGCGACAGAAGCACUUGGUCCUUGAACAUCUCCUCGAGCUCCUCCCAUCCAACCCACUCAGAGUCGCUCUCCCUCCUCAGCUCAUUCCCCCGCAGGUCGAUCUUCUCCAGCAUCUCGCUGUCGAAGAGCAUUUCUGCAACGCUCCUCCUCACCCUCUGUAUCCUGUUGCCUCUCAUGUCAAGCUUUUCAAGGCACCGCAUCCUUCCCACCACCUCUGGUAUCUCCUCAAACAGAUUGUUGCUCAGGUCGAGUUUCUCGAGAUACUUGAAUCUCGUAAAUGUCUUGGGUAG